CUGUGCCACACCCUUGAGGAGGCCAUGGGCAUCAUUCCCACUGUCCCAGAGUCACGGAGCAGCCGUGCCUCUUCUGGCCCCUGCCAGGCCCAGGCAGCGGCUGCCAGCAGAGCCAGGACCCGCUGCAGGGCCCUGCUCCUCGCUCACAGCCAGCACUGGUCCGGGGCCGAGGGCUGCAGCUCUGCCUCAGCCCCUCCAGAGCAGAAACCAGGGAUGAAAGGAGGGACUGGUGGUUUGGGUACAGCUGGAGCAGCUGGAGUACUGCGGGGUGAAGGAGUGGGCAUGGCCCCAGUGCUGCCCGCUUGCCCCAGUCUGUGCUGUGGGGUCAGCAGUGGUGUGGGCAGUGCUGCCCGGCCCUGUCUGUAGUGCCAGCCCGGUGCAGGGGAAGCCCCAUCCCCAGUGUCAGGGGGAUGCCGCUCUCUGGGGCUAUUUUUAACCCCCUCCAUGCUGAGCUGUCCUGGGGCAAGGAGGCGCAGGUGAAAGAGCUGUGCUCCUGCCAAGAUGCCCUAUCCCUCCCCGCAGGGCUUGAAUUUCUAUCCCGGCUUCAGACCCACGUUUAAUCCCCCGCUCUUGGCCAAUAACGCUUUGGCUAAAUUAGGUAAAAUGAGCCCGUUGCCAAUGAGCGGGGCCGGAGUUCCACCAGGGAGCUGAUAGGCUGCUGGGACUGGAGGCCAACGGCUGGGGGCACGGGGACACUACAAAUUGGGGAGCCAGGGAGUGUCUGGGGGCUGCUGGUGUAGGAGGCGGUGACUCCCUGCGGGAGGAGAGCAGCAGAGAUGGCGUCAAUGACGGACCAGCAGCAGGAGGCCCGGGCCUUCCUCAGCGAGGAGAUGAUCGCUGAGUUCAAAGCUGCCUUCGACAUGUUUGAUGCGGACGGUGGUGGGGACAUCAGCACCAAGGAGUUGGGCACAGUGAUGAGGAUGCUGGGCCAGAACCCCACCAAGGAGGAGCUGGAUGCCAUCAUUGAGGAGGUGGACGAGGAUGGCAGCGGCACCAUUGACUUCGAGGAGUUCCUGGUGAUGAUGGUGCGCCAGAUGAAAGAGGAUGCCAAGGGCAAGUCUGAGGAGGAGCUGGCCAACUGCUUCCGCAUCUUUGACAAGAAUGCUGAUGGGUUCAUCGACAUCGAGGAGCUGGGUGAGAUUCUGAGGGCCACCGGGGAGCACGUCACCGAGGAGGACAUAGAAGACCUCAUGAAGGAUUCAGACAAGAACAAUGAUGGCCGCAUUGACUUCGAUGAGUUUCUGAAGAUGAUGGAGGGCGUGCAGUAAGGGAUCAGACAUUCCUUGGGCCGGCUGCGGCAGCCAGCCACGCUCCUCUGUCCAGGAGUGGUCCCGCUGCAUCGCCUGGCCUUGCUGCCCACCCGCUGGAGCCCUGCAGCAGCUUGUGCCCCUCGGCCGGCGGCUGAGCUUUUCCUUGACUUUGAUGGAUGUGGUUUAUGGAUGAGCCUCAUUA